CAGAGGAACCACAGUGAAGGGCAGGGCGUGAUGCGUUCACCAACCCGGAAGCAGCUCUUAAUCCGGGCCGUAUAGGGGAUGGACCAAUCCAGGGAAGGCGCGGGGACUUUUGAAUGUUCUCGGGCCCACUAGUUGGUGGUCAGCUUCUAUAAAAGAAGGGUAGCUCUUCCAUUCUCUCAGAUGCUUCUGUCGGCCCUCUAGUUUUUUAUGCUCGUUUGUCAUGGCUCGUACCAAGCAGACAGCUCGUAAGUCCACCGGCGGCAAGGCGCCGCGCAAGCAGCUGGCCACCAAGGCGGCCCGCAAGAGCGCGCCCGCCACCGGCGGCGUGAAGAAGCCGCACCGUUACCGGCCCGGCACCGUGGCGCUGCGCGAGAUCCGACGCUACCAGAAGUCCACCGAGCUGCUGAUCCGCAAGCUGCCCUUCCAGCGGCUGGUCCGCGAGAUUGCGCAGGACUUCAAGACCGACCUGCGCUUCCAGAGCUCGGCCGUGAUGGCGCUGCAGGAGGCGUGCGAGGCCUACCUGGUGGGGCUCUUUGAGGAUACCAACCUGUGCGCCAUCCACGCCAAGCGUGUCACCAUCAUGCCCAAAGACAUCCAGCUUGCGCGUCGUAUCCGCGGGGAGAGAGCGUAAAUUCGAAUUUUGGCCCUCUCUUUUUUUUUUUUUUUUUUUUAAGGUAACCCAACGGCUCUUUUCAGAGCCACCCAACUUUUCAAAUAGAAGCAGCUGUAGCAUCUUAAGCGUUUUAUCCAAUGUGAUCUAAGUGUGAUAGAACUAAGUAAAAGCUACUAAACUAUUUUGGUAGACACAAUAUCAGUAAGUGGGCUGUGCCCUCUAUGCUGUAUAAAGAAAGCAAACGGACAAUGGGAUGGUUUACCCUAGGACAUAAGAGAUUUCAAAGUUUCCCACUGCUACUCCAAGGGCCUGUAUUAGGAAUGGUUAGCAUCAAGUCGUGCUAGUCUUGUGACUAAGUUGCCUAACGUCCUAUCAAAUUUAAACAUGAGAAGAAUAUUUCUAUAUUCUUAUAAAGCCUUCACCCCGAUAGUUUUUAGGUUUUAAUAUAUAAAUUCCUUUUACUUUUUAGACUACCAUGGAAGGGUCUGAGAGACAUCGGUGCCCUUACUCUGAACUAAGGUUGGUUUUUUCCCGACUCACUCCUAGGAAGGAGGUCAAGUUUUU